CUUCACUUUCUUUGCCACAGAUAGUGUUGAAAGAAGGAGGAGACACCACCUCAGCCAGCUUUCCCCUCCAGAGAAACUAAGAGAGGACGUAACCAGUUCAACCAGACAUGGCUCCGUGGGGUGAUGCCAAGCUCUUCCUCUGCAUCCUUUUCACCUGCUACUUCACAAUGACGUUGACCCAGAUCCCGCUGGACUGCUGCUUGUCGGUCACAAACAAAACGAUUGAGAAGAAGCUCAUUGCAGACUACCACCCACAGUCCAAAGGCUGCUCUGUUGAUGCCACAAUCUUUGUGACCAGAAGAGGAUUUAAACUCUGUGCCCCUGUCAGGGAAGCCUGGGUGGAAAACGUGAAGCGCCACGUUGAUGGUCUGAAGAAAUUCUGCAAGAAAGUCAAGUACCAGGGUCUACGCUGCUCCGGAGUGAAACCUGAGUGAACGACGAUGGAAGCAGCUCUAUGUCAGAGAGGAAGAGCAGUGAAUCAAACCUCCGAUCUAAUAUAUAACCCCAGUGAUUUAAUUUGUUACUAAAGACUUGUCUUUUCUUACCUGUUUUUACAAAAUUAUUUGAGUAGGAAUAAGAAUAAAACAUUUUGAAGGAUUUGUAUUUUUAUGACAUUUAUGGGUUUUUUUCUAACUACGAGGUCAUGUGACAGAAAGAACAUUUUAAAUGUGAAUUUAAGUAAUUUGAACUAAGUUAACUUAUAUUUCAGGUAUUGGUGGUUUAUUGGUUUUAAAGAUGUGAAUGUUGAUUAUUUAAAAUAAAUAAAUAAAUAAAAAAAUAAAAACUUAAAUUUUCCCAAA